GGAGUGAAUGUAUCGUAUAGUAUACACACUCCAUACAAAGUAUACAAGAGAGAGAUAUAUAUAUAUAGAGAGAGAGAGAGGGAGACAUGCAUGGUGGAUCAACCAUAGAUAUAUAGAUAGAAAGAUAGAGAGAUGGAGCCAUUGUCGUCGUCAUCGGAGGCGGUGGAGGUGGCGAUGCUGCGGCACGCGGUGGAGCGGCUGGUGGCGCGCAACGACCGUGUCUGGUCGUCGGACGACGGGGCGUUGGCGGGGGAGGAGAAGGGAAUGGCGGCGUUCCGGGGGGUGAGGGUGCCGAGGAUGGGGGUGGGGGAGUACGUGGAGAGGAUCGGGCGGUAUGCGGGCGCGGCGAUGAGCCCCUCGUGCUUCGUCGUGGCCUUCGUCCUCCUCGACCGCGCCGCCCACCGCCGCCCCGCCCACCCCGUCGGAUCCCGCACGAUCCACCGCCUCCUCCUCACCUCCCUCCUCCUCGCCUCCAAGCUCCUCGACGACGCGCACCAUAACAAUGCGUUCUUCGCCCGGGUCGGCGGCGUGAGCAAUGCCGAGCUCAACUGGCUAGAGCUUGAGCUGCUCUUCUUGCUCGAUUUCGAGCUCACGGUCACGCCGCGCGUCUACGAGAGCUACUACUUCCACCUGCACAAGGAGAUGCUCGCGUCCGGAACCUACAAGCAGAGGAUCACAAGAUCUCCGACGACAGGGAAUGGUACCAUCGACGAGGACGGUAAUUUCGAAACCAACAAGCAGAAGAUCACAAGAUCUCCAAUGACGAAUGGUGUGAUCGACGAGGACGGUGAUUUCGAAUCAGUGGCGGACGGACGGCCUCGACGGUGGUCGCUAUCACCGCCCCGCCGCUCCAUCGACUGUUGCUGAAGAAAUUUCCUGUGAUUUAUUGUGAAGAUAUUACAUGCACUAUAUGCAGCUUGUUCGCAAACACAAAACGAGUUCUCACCUAUGAAGAAGAAUUCGACAAUUAUUUCCCAGCGCGUGGCAACAGCACUUUCACAAGAAGCUAAACUAAUAUUGAGGUCUAUCUUUCGCUAUUCGAUAAAAUAAAGUUGAGAUAAAAACAUAUAGAAAUAUACUUCUGCAUUCUUUGAUGGAACCA